UAUUGUUCACAACAUUCUCUAUAUUUUUUUUCUAUAUUUUUUUUCUUGUUUAUUCACAUUCAAAUAGCCUUGUCUCAACCAGUUUGGUCUGAUAAGGUACCUCAGCACGUACAAGUACUCUGCAAAAAUAACAUUUAUCCAAGCCUCUGCGUAUCUACGCUCAAUCUCGACCCUAGAAGCAAAAACUCAAAUAUACGAGGACUUGCUUCCAUAUCCAUGGAUGCGACUUCAAAAAAAGUCCAGGAGAUGUUAGUUUAUCUCAUCUACAGCUCUAAAAACAUCAAAGACAGUGAAGACUUGAAGAAAUACAAAACUUGUAUUGAUGAGUACGGUUCGGCUGCUCGUAGGUUUUUACCGGCGUCAUUGGCUGACCUCAAGGCUGGAGAAUUUUCUGUUGCAAAAUCUGAUAUGAAGAAUGUUGUGUUGGCAAUAAAUAAUUGUCAGGCGCAGUUUGCCGGGAGCUCUCUGUUGGCUGGACGUAACAAAGUCGUCGAUGAUAUCGCUGAUAUGACUGCUGACAUCAUCAAAUAUUUUUUUGCGAAUUAUUAAUAAACUUUUAGUAUUGUUCAAUUUACUAUUGAAUAUUAAUAAAUUUUUAGUAUUGUUCAAUUUAGUAUUUUUAGUAUCUUUUUGCGAAUUAUCAAUGUUCAAUAAAAAUGUACGUCCAUUUU